AUGUGUCAUUCGAAGAGCAAGAAGUUCAAGGGAAUGUGUAUAGGGACUAACCGAACGGCAAAUUGCAAAACAAUGUGCCGGCAAGAAGCUUUUAUGACCGGAAAAUGCUUCCUUGGAAGUUGUGUGUGUCAAAAGAAAUGUGGCACACCGAGCGGCCAACCAUCAAAUCCGCCAACAAAACCAAAUCCGCCACCACCACAGGGGGCUAAGGGAGCUGAUGAUGCAGGCAGUGGGACGAGGAAGGUGGAGCGUGAGCGAUUUGUGGACGUUACUUCUAAGAUGAAUUAA